AUGGUAGUUACUUCUAGAUUUGCUGACAUUGCCCAAAAGUCGAUGGUUCUUUUCCUUGCAGGAACCACAGUAUACUACAUGGUGAACGUUGGUGUACUUGUCAACAGACGCAUUCACUUAAAAAAGGAAGGAAAGCUUGAAGAGGAAUUGGCACGUAUGUCGGGUAAUUUCUGGAAGGCCGGUGGAGAUAGUCAAGAGUUACAUGCUGAGACGCAGACAACACCUACACCUGUGCCUAGUGCUGAACAGCCUGGAGACCUUGCCAAUAUAGACUCAUAG